UAAUAGAAAAGAGAAAAACAAAAACAGAGCUUUUCACCCUUAAAAAACAGAGCAAAGAGAAUACCAAACAGGGGCGAGUUUAAACCAAAUUGAGAACACAAAAAACGCAAUGGCAAAAAGACUAAGCAUGGUUUUGUUCGCCGCCUUGGCCACGGUGGCUAUGCUCCAAAGCUCGGCGGUGGCGACGACGUAUACCGUCGGUGAUUCGACCACGUGGUCCAUCCCUUCUAUUCCUAAUGCUUACUCCACUUGGGCUGCUGGCAAAUCUUUCAAAGUCGGAGACAUUCUUGUGUUCAAUUUUAUGUCGGGUCAACAUGACGUAGUCGAGGUAAAAAAGACUAACUACGACUCAUGCAGUGGUGCCAACCCUAUUUCACGCCAGACCUCUAGUCCGGCGAGCAUCACACUACAAAAAACCGGCGACCACUACUACAUUUGCACCGUUACCGGUCACUGUAGCGCCGGCCAGAAGCUCGCCAUCAACGUCACCGGAGCUUCUUCCCCGGCACCUCAACCGGCCCGAUCUCCUUCUCCGGUUUCGUCACCGACUCUCGCUCCCCGAUCCAGCUCUCCUUCACCAUCAUCUUCAUCUUCUCCUUCUCCUUCUCCUUCUCAAGUUCCGGUUCAGGCUCCGGCUCCGGCUUUCGCUCCCCAGUCCUCCUCUUCUUCUCCAGUACCAUCUUCGGCUCAAGCUCCAGAACCCUCAUCUGCUUCUCCAGGUUCUCCUCCACCGACCAGCACUUCAACCUCUCCUUCUCCGGAUUCCACGACUGCAUCGCCGCCGUCACCGACGACAACGGGCGCCGCCAAUCCACCCGAAAACUCCGGCGCCGGUUCUCUUGGCGUUGCUGGCUUGUCUGCUACCUUUUUGACCGCUCUGGCUUUGGUUUUGUUUAAUUAAUUAAAUUUGUAGUUGUAGGCAUAAUGAUUUGAUUUGAUGAGAUUGUUAUUUUAUUUUGAUUAUGAUUAUUAUUAUUUUGUAUUAUCUCUUCUUAUUACGCUCUGAUUACUGAUUAUACAGAUUGAUCGGUUUUAUGUAUUUGUAAAAUAAAGCUGGUUUUUCUUGUA